AUGGAGUUCUCGAAGCUUGGACUUGGUAUGUGGCCAAACUCAAGAAUCGAGCAGCCAAGUCUAAGUUGGGAGCCCGGCAGCCUACCGCCAAACGUGGCAGCAGCAGUCAAUGGAGUUGCCCUAUGUGGUACCCUAGCCGGCCAGCUCGUCUUCGGGUGGCUUGGGGACAAGCUCGGGCGUAAGGGCGCUUAUGGCCAGGGGCGGAGCCACACUAGGACCAGUGUGGUCCCGGGCCCCCACUCAAGUUUUGAUAUGUACCCACAUUUGUUGUGUCGAAUCUAUUAA